AUGAAAUCAUCAGACCACAUCAAAUCUGGAAAUAAACCUUCAUCACAAACAGGUAUUUUAGUGGAGAUGGCUCAAGUGAUAUAUCUAACACCACCUCAUGUUUCAGUUGCUACGAUAUUCGAGGUAUCGCAAUACAUAUAUAUUUGUAAUCCAUUACUCAUAGGCCUACAACCGGAGCUCAGCAGGUGGGCGCAGUCCCCGAGUCUCCUGGAAACAUCACAAAUGAGAGAUUCAGCUUGGGUCCAGGUGGGGCCCCCGCCAAAACAAAAAAANAGCACAUUCAGUUGCCUGAAAACAUCGCAAACGAGAGAUUCAGCUGGGUUCCAGGUCUGUGGUUCGAACUCGACCUCUACCUGUCGAUUUCUCUUGUCUAGGCUUGAGCAACCUGGCAGUAUCCCAGUUCUAGUGCAUCCAUCUGGUAGCAUAGCAGUCAGGCGACAGCCGAACGAGGCGAGUGAUGAGCGCGCGAUUUUACCGAGCGAAAUUUCCGUGGUUCGAACUCGACGUCUACCACUCGACUUCCCCUGUCUAGACUUGGGCAUUUUGACAGUAUCCCAGUUCCCGUGCUUCCUUCGGGUGGCAUGGCAGCUAGGCACAGGAAGGAUGUUACAGCCAAACGGCGUUACUCAUCGCUGA